AUGGGGGAUUGCCUAGUGAAGUGUGCAUUGGUGAUAACUCAAUCACAGUUACAGGAUGCAGAAAUUGUUGACAGUCAAUGGAUUCUGCAACACAUCAACGAAGAGAUACAGGAGUCUUGCUUGCAGAGGAACGCUGUUAUCCUAGAGGGCACCGUAGAUAGCAGUAGAUCGCAAAGCAGUUCAUACAAGUCUCACAGAAUGACGAUUGAAACCUGUAUCACUUGUCUCACAAUAUCCCAGCAGCAACACAAAGAGUACUCGGUUGAAACAGUGGUCCCCAACUGUCCUCAGUCUAGCCUAUUUAUACCCGGGUUCCGCAGGAGCCAAUCAGAAAGUAGUCUUGUCAGCAGCUGUCGCGCAAUGACAUGCAGGCACUCUCUUAGGCAGGCAGGCAGAUACAAGACUCAUACGCCAUACUAUAUCAAUGUCCAGGAAGACGCAUGUCAAGAACCAAUAGUGCGACAUGAAGCAGGUUUGAAAGCCAGUAGCAAACUGCCACGACAUGAAUUGGCGUUUACACUUGGGCAAAUGAGAAACGAGGCUGGUGACGCACUUGGAAGGAAUGCUCAUAACAUGAUAUUUAUAGUGUUGACUGACGCGUUGAAAAAUUCUAACGAGAGUCCAAUCGAUCGCCACGAAUGUGCGACUGCUCUGGGAGAAAUUGAUAAAAAGGAUUGUAUGCAGGUCUUGGAAGAAUAUUUGCAUGACGACGAGGCUGGUGUCAUUGGAAGUUGUCAGCUUUCAUUGGAUAUGUAUGCUCACUCAUUACUUAGCAAGUAA